AUGUCUGAUAUGAAAGCUGAUAUUGAUAGUGAAAUUUCCGAAUUAGAAACGAAGAUUUUGAAACUUGAAAACGAAAAGCUUGAAAGUGAUAGAACGUUAACUCAUUAUGUACACGAGCUAGAGACAAUGAGAGCAAAAUUACCGAUUGAACUUGAUAGCAUUGUGAUAAAAAAUAUGCCUGAACUUGCCUCAGAGAAAAACGAUAAUCGUGUUACAAUAUAUCGUGUGACUAGACUUUUUAAAGAAGGCCUGAAAUUGCCCAAUAUAAACAUUAUAAACGCGGAUAGGAAAAAAACAUCAUCACAUAAACCCGGUGUGAUAGUUGUCCAACUCCAAGACAGUGCACACAAGAAACUAGUCUUAGAAACUAAAUCAAAGUUGAACACUAAUAAACAAUUUGAUAAAAUUUAUAUAGAAUCAAGUAUGUCAACAGCUGAACUCAAAACUCAAUCCAGCCUAAUUACCCUAGUUAAAGAACUUGGUAAACAGGAUUCAUACUUUGUUAAAGAAUCUGUGAUAAAUGAAGGUAACUUUGAUGUCUUGUUUUUAUGUGAAACAUUUUUACGUUUUAAUGAAAAAAUUGCAGUAAAUGGAUAUAAGUGGCUUGGGAGAAACAGAGAUAUCACUCACAAGAAAGCGAAACGUGGGUCCGGUCAUGUUGGGUUCUUAAUUCGAAAUAACAUUUAUGACGAGUACCAUGUGUCUAUUCUGGAUGAAUCCCUCGAAGAUAUCCUAUGGAUAAAACUCGCGCACAAAUCAAGUGAUACAUAUGUGUGUUUAUGCGUGUGCUACCUACCCCCUAAUGGAUCUUCAUAUAUGACAGACGCAGAACAGUUUUAUAAUAAUUUGUUGAAUCAGGUAUAUUCUUUUCAAAAUGAAGGUCUUGUGUGUAUCAGUGGUGAUUUUAACUCUAGGGUGGGUGACCAAUCUGAUUAUAUCCUGGGUGUUGAUAAUUUACCCCCUAGAGCGGUUAUUGACUACACGGAGAACAGUUAUGGCACACUUUUUACUGAUUUCUUAUGUGAUACUAAUCUAUGUAUGUUGAAUGGUCGCAUUUCAGGUCGCAAUGAUUUUACAUAUGUUAGCACCAACGGCCGAUCUGUAGUUGAUUAUGUUGUCGCUCCACAUGAACAGGUUAGUCUGUAUUCAGAUUUUCAGGUUUGGAGAAUGUCGGAGCUGAUUUCUUAUAGUAAUCUCAUGGUUCCUGAGAAAAUACCUGACCAUUCCCUCCUUGUGUUCACAUUAAAUAUUGCAGGUGUCUCUCUUUCCGGAACGAAUUCACAUGACCACAUCUCCGGUGCUAAACCCAAGCCAAAGCUACAUGUGCCAGAAAACUUUCUCAGUGAAUGUACACCACAAAUUCUUGAGAAAAUAAGUGCAAUAGAAACAAAUCUAAGGUCUGAACAUGAUAUUAAUCUUGCAUAUAAAUCGUUUGCUGAAUUCAUCAUUAAUGAAAUGUCGGCACCAAUAGCGGAAGGGAAGGGUUGUAAGAAACUUACUAACAGGAAAAGGCCAUACUGGAACGAAGCUUUAGAAAAACACUGGAAAAUGGUACAGGCGAAGUGUAAAAGUAAGUUACGCAAGUCCCAUCUACACGGUGCCUUUAUCAAAGAGAGAAAAGGGUUCGACAAAUCCCUUAGACAACAUAAACGCCAUUAUUUAAACAAUAAACAAAGUGAGUUACUAGAACAAUUUUCUGUCCAUGAUAAACGAGAUUUCUGGAAAUCGUUUGGUAAAAUCGGCAUUGCAAACGAUCGCAAACAUGUGAUUCCACUAGAAGUGACGAACUCUGAAGGUGAACUGGAAAUGCAUAAAACAGAUAAUAAUUUCUAUAACCUGUCCCCCAAGGAAAAAAUUAUCAUCAUCUUAUCUAGUGAUCUAGUCAACCCCAAAACUAUAAGCAGUUAUAUAUACGAGAUGUUCUCUAGGAGAAAUUAUUAUAUGUCAUAUAAUUAUAGAACUUAA